AUGUCGAACUCAUUCAAAGUCGACCUAUAUGAUCGAAAACAACUAGAGAUAAAAGAGUACAAUAGAAAGCCGACAAAGUAUAGAGCAGCGGCGAUCCCCCUCUUAAAUCGACACCGCUUUCUCUUUUUCCCGCUUUCCCCUUUUCUUCCCCAAGGCAUCUUGACACCGUUUGCUUUUGUCGGUUUAUUUGCUUUUUUUUUUUUGAACAACUGUGGUCUGGACUUCUCUUGGUCUGGAGAUCAGUCUUCGAGUAAUUGUGAAGAAAUCCCAUUGGAACGGUUGGGCGGCGCCUCACUCGUACACGCCAACUGA